AUGUGGGCACAAGAAGAAGAAGUAAGGAAACCAUUACUUUCGGGUGGUUCCGAUUACUAUGGUAUCGAUGAUGAUAGUAGUUCAAAGAAAAAGUCGUCAUCGUCGUCAGAUGUACAAGGAGUGAGAAAGACAUCAUGUAAUGAUAUAUUGUUUCUCAUUCUAUUUCUUGGCUGCGUUGUAGCAAUGGCAGUCAUUUCAGGAUUUGCAUACAGUCGUGGUAAUCCAUCGGUGCUCAUUCCACAAAACCAAAUUAUCAAUACAAUUGGCAACCAGACCGAACAAGUCAUCACAUCUGGCAUUCAAAAUGCCGUCGCUCAAAUGCGUCAAAACAAAGACGUUCUCAUUUACAGUGUCAUCCUCUCUAUUGCAUUGGCUGCCGUAUGGGUAGAGUUGCUCAAAAACUUUACCCGUUUCUUUAUCUACUUGACUCUUUGUCUUGGUGUAGCUCUAGUAGUUUGUUUAGGUGGUGUAUUUGUCUUUAUUGGUAGAAAAGAAGAUAGUGAAGCAACACAAAUUGUUGGAUAUUGUUUAAUGGCAUCAACCAUUAUAUUGAUAGCAGUUAUUAUUUACUUGAAAAAGUCAAUUGAUUUGACAUGUGCAAUGUUUACAGAGACAUGUCGUGGUGUACAACGUAAUCCAUCGGUCUUUAUUGUUGGAUUCCUUGUCAUUAUUGCAUUUGUUGGUUUUUUGGCCUAUUGGACAUCAUCGUUUAUCUAUCUCUUUUCAAUUCCGGGUCAAAGCAUCACCAUUGGAGACAGUAGUGAUUCCUCAGACAUUAUUGGAUUACCACACUUUAACAGCAAGAUUCGUAAUUUGAUGUUCUUUAUGAUCUUUGCUUUCUGUUGGGUUACCUCUUUUAUCUCUGCCGUAUUCCAACAUGUUGUUGCUGGUGCCGUCUCUCAUUGGUAUUUCUCUCGUAAUCCAACUGGUGAAACAAAUAUUGGUAAUCAUAAUGCUUUUACAUCAUUGGGUAGAGCUCUUUCAACUUCAAUGGGUUCAUUGGCAUUGGGUAGUUUGAUUAUUGGUUUUAUUGAAUUCAUGGGUGUCAUGUUGAGAAUCAGCAAGAAUACCAACGCUGAAAACAAAUUAUUGGUAUUUGUUAUCAACUGUCUCCAAUGUAUCCUUUCUUGUGUUGAAGGAAUUGUUAGAUGGGUUAACAAAUUUGGUUAUAUUUAUGUUUCAAUGCAUGGAUAUAGUUUCUGUAAAUCAACAAAGGAUUGUUUUGAUAUGGUUUCACGUAAUAUGUUCUCUGCCAUUAUUAUGGAUUUCAUUGGAAGUUUCGUAUUAUUACUUGGAAAGUUUUUAGUUACAGCAGGUACAGGUAUUUUCUCAAGUCUUUUACUUUAUGCACUUGGAAGAUCAUUAAAGGAUAAUGCCUUGACCGUUGGUUUGGCUGCAUUGUUUGCAUUCUGCAUUACCAACAUCUUUACUCACAUUAUCGGUAUUGGUACCGACACCAUCUUUGUAUGCUAUCUCGAGGAUCUUGAAGAGAAUGGACGUGAUGGAAACCUCUACAUCAGUUCAGAUCUCCAUGAAUUGCUUCAACAAAAGCAAUCCACUCUCAAAAAGAAAGAUGUUGAAAAUAACUAA